AUGGCUGAGUCAAAAAGCCGUCCAGUUCCUAAACGAAGGUCAGUACACCUUGGCACCCACAGAGGUGAUGAAUUCUCAACCACAGACUUGUAUGGCAGUGGACAAGAUCUACAAACAGGUAUGGAAGUUAGUGACAUUUCGGUUGUACUGUAUCAAGGGUUGGUUGGGGAUCAGUUAUAUACGAAGUCUGGACAGUGUUAUUCAUCAGAUAUUGAUUUUCUAGCCCAUCACUCUUUCUGAGUAAAAUAACAAAGUAGGGCAUAUCAGAGUGUGAUGACCCACUGUCUUGAGUUCUAGCACUCUUCCCUUUAGCGAAAUAAUUUGCCAUUAGCUAUUAGACAGUAAAAUAACAAAUUAGGGUGCAAUGCCAAGGAUUAAAGAGGCUGUCAAGUCUGUUCUGCUCAUGCGUGUGUUUUGUUUACAUUUUUUGUGUCAAACAAUAGAUAAUUAAACUUCCGAUCUGUGGGCCCACAUGUUAGGUCAUUACGCAUUCAGAAUAUAUCACGAAGGAAAAAUUGAACUACUAAAGCAAACAUUUAGCCCCAAAACAACAAAUUUUUACUUACAGAGGUAUAGACAAAAUUUGAUUGAAAUUUGUACACAUUUGACCGAUUGUGCAACAAUCUACCAAUUCCGAUUGUCUACUAAUAAGGCAAAAAUCGGCCCGAUACCGAUUAUUGGUCAAUCAUUAUAAAAAUGCCUGAAAAAAUUGUAGGAUGAAUUCCACAAAUAAUGUGAAUAUGUAUCACUAUCGAAUGUAUGUUACUACUUACUAUUUGUUUUUAUUUUAUUUCAAAUUGUUUGCUUUCUUCUCCAGAGUCUUGCCCUGGCCAGUGUGGGCUGCCAAGCUGCGUACAACAAAAGAACUCAGAUGUGUCGGCAGAUCAAAAGAAUCGAGAUUCAACACUCCCUCGACUUCUCUAUGACUUGGACGAAGCCUGUAAGAAAUAUUUGAACGAUGUGGAGAAAUCCAACCUUGCAAACGCAUGUAUGUUUGCUGCAUCGUCUCCAAACAGAAAAUAUAGAAUCCUCAAAUUCUUUGAACUGUUGGAAAAUAACAAG